CUUGUUCAGGGUUGUAAGCCCGUUCGCGUCUGCCCGUCACCAUCACCUUUGACAGCCGUCCUCAUCGUUCUUGCUCCUGAUACCGAACCCGACGGCGAAGACGACGACGACGAUGAGCACUGUUCGCAGCCUGCAUGAUGUACCCGAAGAGGAGCCUUACAUGCCGCCAUCCUCGAAUUCUCCUUAUUUCGACUCCUCAAGUCUUGCAACAGCCUCAACAUCCGCACUGCACCCCUCAAGCUCGAGCAGCAAGUCGUCGUCGAGUCGUUCGGCAAGUCUGAAAAAGUCGUCUUCACGUCUUGGGCGAGUGUCGGCUGAGAGUCUGACAUCGAAGAGAACACUCUCGAACGUAUCUGCGGCAUCGGUUGCAACGACGAAGGAUGGCAAGGCUAGUCGGAACGGAAAUAUCCCUAGAAUAAGAAGCACGCCCCGUUUACCUCAUGAGCGGGAUGCAGACGACGCUCCUAGUGCUGUCAUGUACUGGAGUCGUGCGCCGGUUUACGGUGCCAUACCUCAACGGAAUAUGCGAGGCCACAGCGUGACGCUGCUGGAUAAUGUUGCUUGGAUUUUUGGAGGAUGUGAUGAUAAAGAUACGGCACGGGAUAUGUAUUGCUUUGACAUUGAUACGAUGCAGUGGUCGCAUCCAGACACCGUCGGCGAUGCACCUCCUCCUUCACGCGCUCAUACUGCCGUCAUCGUUGAUCGUCAAAUUGUUGUGUAUGGCGGUGGACAAGGCAGUACCUAUUACGAUAGUGUCUAUGUUUUCGACACAAGUACUCGAGUAUGGUCACGCCCUACAAUUGUGGGAGAUAUACCACCGCCGAGAAGAGCACACACCGCCGUUCUCUACGAGGGCAAGGUUUGGAUCUUUGGUGGUGGAAAUGGCAUGACCGCAUUGAACGAUGUCUGGACACUAGACGUUUCCAAUACGACCGAAAUGCGGUGGGAGAAGAUAACGACACAUGGAGACAAGCAGCCAACGCCUAGGGGAUACCACACUGCGAAUCUUGCCGACCAUUUCAUGAUUAUUAUUGGCGGAAGUGAUGGAGCCGACUGUUUUGCAGAAAUCUGGUUUUUGAAUCUCAAAACAUUUGAGUGGACUCUAAUCGACCUGCCUGAAAACGAAUCCUACAAACGACUAUCUCAUACAUCAACUCAAGUGGGAACUUAUCUUUACGUUCAAGGUGGGCACGACGGAUCAGAAUAUACGUCUGACGUGAAAUGCUUUAGCCUUGGCAAGUUGAAUUACGAGAGUCGACCAAUAUAUGGUAGACCACCCAGCCAGCGGGGAUAUCAUGUCGCUGUACUUGCUGAUAGUCGACUCUUCUUUUUUGGUGGAUACAACGGGAUGACGGCCUUUGACGAUGUCCAUCUUAUUGAUUUAGCUGGCUCAGCAUUUUUGCCUCAAGUAACGAGCUUUGAUAUUGUUCUGUAGCCUAUUCCUGGGUUGUAGCAAAGUUUGUUUUUAUUCUCGCUUGAUCAAUUGCAUGUAUGAGCUGCUGCU